CCUUAUGUACUCAAUCGUUCAUAUGAAUCACUUAUAAAGAUUGCCGAAAGCCUAUCAAGCUCUGCAAGUUUUCGUCCUUAUUGCCUUCUUCAAGCUUCUGCAAUGGAAGUCACAUCACCGACUGUUCUCUGGGCCAGGCAAACGAUAGCACCGGAUGUUACUCAGAACCACAUACAUGCAUUGCACCUCGUUUACGUCCUCAUAGCUGCACCUUCACGCAAACUGGGCCCCAAGGUUCAUAUGCAGUACCCUAAUGCUAUCUCGUCCAAAUCCAUUCAAGACGAAAUCAAGAGCUCCCAGGCUGUCGCAUAUAUACAUGACCAAUUAGCGAAGCUUUCAGAUGACCCGGAUUCCGUACGAUUGCUCACAUUCGUCUUGCCAUAUACUUCUGGCUAUAUAGUUCGAUCCGACUUUUUGUCCAUACGUCUCCAGAUGCUCCAGGUCCAACGAAACUCUGAAGUCCAGUCGUUCUCAAAACCACUUCAGUACUGCGCCUUCGAGGGUUUAUCACAGACUAGCAACAAUCUGUCUGGCAUGUUAGACACUGCCGUGGGAGUCAUCUUUUCAAAGAUUGGUCAGAAUUUUUAUCUAGAACAUACAGAGCGUGAGCUUCUUGGCAGGCUAUCAUAUCCGUGGCUGUCUACUCAACCUAUUCCCGAGCGCCGAGUCGCUCUGGUUAGAGGGCGACCUAACUACCGCGUCGGUCGUCCCGUAUACUCCGCUGCCAAAGCUCUGGGAGUUUCUUUGGUCAUCAUUGACGAAGACAAACACUGGCUGCAAGCAGACAAUACACAGAACAACCAACUCCGCGAAGCGUUUCUAACGAUAGACAUGAGCGAAGACCAAUCCCUUCCGUAUCGAAUCGCGAAUGCAAUCACAACUUAUCCCGCAACUAUUGACGGAAUCUUCACCCUUUCGGAUAAUUAUCUCGUUGCCGUCGCCCGCGCUGCUGAGAUUGUCGGCCUACCGACCUGUCCCUCGUCGGCUUAUGAAGCAGCUUUUGACAAGGAAAUUACCCGAAGCUUGCACGCUGCUUCACAUGAAUAUGCCAAUGCAAAAAGCGAAGAUGAUUUGGCUUCCCUCUUUACCAGUGGGAAGUUCAGUCCGCAAUACCCUUUGAUAGUGAAACCCAGGACUGGAGGCUGGAACUCUCAAUAUGUUCAAAAGGCUCGUGACAAAGAGGAGCUGUUUCUGGCAGUUCGGAAGAUCUGUCCGAAAUACAAGGAUGGGGUCAUCAUUGAGCCUUACUACGAUGGUCCGGAAAUAGAUGCCAAUAUGGUCAUGUCUGACGGCAAAGUGCUUUUUCAGGAGAUUGUCGACGAGCCACCCAGUGAAGGCGACCUGGCCAAUCAUACGUCUGCAAACUUUCUCGAGAAUGGAAUGAGAGCGCCGUCCAUACUACCGCAAAAGGAACAGCAAUCCAUCUUCAAUGCCAUUUCGAAGGAUCUUCUAGCAUUGGGAUUCACGGAUGGUGUCUUUCACGUUGAAGCAAGAAUUUCUCGAUCUAGUAUGGAGUUACGCAGUGACAACGGUUCCAUUGACUUAGUGCCCACUUCGCCGAACCCUAGCGAUGAUGUUCAGUAUCAUUUGAUCGAAAUCAACGCCAGACCACCUGGACUUCGCGCGCAGAUCCUAACUCAAAUUGCAUACGGGAUCGAUUACUUUGCAGGUCGGAUACUAUCCGCCAUCAACGAUUUAGAAAGGACGAAAGCAAUCUGCUACCCGUUCACCCUUCCGGGAUUUCCCUCGGGCUCUCAAUCUUGGUGUCAGCUAGUCCAUCUACCCGUACUUUGCAAAGGCACUGCAGCCGGAGUUGUCGCGAUUGAUGCACUGCUCACUCAACUUCCUGAUGUUGCUGUUCAUGUUGCUGAAUACCAAUGCUGCUUCGAACCUGGCGAAGCGUUGCCUGACCCAUCAGAGUAUGUGGACGUCUACGGGCACUGCGUCAUUUCGUCUACGCGAGGCCGUAGGCAUGUGAUCAGUAUCGCGGAUACUAUCCUGGAGUUCUAUCAUGCGCAUGGUGCGAAGACAACAGUGUUGGCACCUUGCGACCAGAACCCUACUCAGUCAGAAGUCAUGUGCGAUGUUUCAUCUGGUCUUGACCGGCGCAUAGCCACUGCACAGAACAGUAAAUGGUACAAUUUACUCGGGAAAUAG